AUGCAUUCGAAGCGAAUUGUUGUUUUAUAUGGAUCUGAAACUGGGAAUUCCCAUGAGUUCGCCCAUGGAUUCUCUUUCAGACUUCACCAAUUCCAUUUUGCUCACACAUUUGCUUCGAUGGGCAACUUCCCAGCGGUAGACAUCUUACAGUGUCGAUACCUAUUUCUAAUAUGUGCAACUACUGGACAAGGAGAUUUGCCACGCAAUGUCAAAGAAAACUCGGCUGGUGAAUCCAAGGAUACUUUAUGGGCAUUUUUAAAGCGCAAGAAUCUUCCGAAGGAUUUUCUUAGCCACGUAAAUGUAAUGAUGAUUGGUCUUGGCGACUCGUCUUAUCCGCAGUUUAAUUUUGCCAUCCGGAAGCUGCAUAAAAGAGUGGUUGACCAGUUAGGAGCAAAGGAGAUUUUUCCAAGGUUAGAAGCCGAUGAGCUAGGCAUGGUAGGAAGUAACGGCGGAACAGGAACUGGAACCGAGGCCGUGUAUUUUGAGUUUGAAAAAAGGGCACUGAACUGUUUGCUCGAGACAUUCCCUUAUAGAAAGGUUCAUGGUGAACGCAUCAAAAGAGAGCCCAUGGUAGAAGAUACGUUCAUGCAACCUGAUUACAAACUCUGUCUUUCUGAGAGGAACUAUCAAACACUUCCGAUAUCUGCUGGGAACCAAUUCAUCAAGAACGGUAAGGUAAUUCGUAACGAGAGAAUCACACAUUCUGACCAUUUUCAAGAUGUUCGCCAGUUCAUCUUUGAGACAAAUGGUGAGGACUAUGAGCCGGGAGAUACCGUUGCAAUAUAUCCACAUAAUACGGAUAAAGAUGUGCAAAGCUUCUUAAACUCCCAGCCGCACUGGCUUCAUGUAGCGGACCGCCCUCUCCAAAUCGAGGGUGUAUGGAAAGUCCAUGACCGCUGCUUUAUGGAGCCACUGACACUUCGAAACAUCUUAAAAUACCACUGUGACAUAAUGAGCAUACCGCGGAAAUCUUUUUUCAUGAAGGUAUGGAUGUUCGCGAACGACAAAAGCAGGUUGGAAAAAGGCGAAGAACAGCUAAUCCAGCAGCGAGAUAAACUCCGCCAAUUCGCUUUUGAUGAAGAUCUCGAUGAUUUAUACGACUACUGUAACAGACCUCGGCGAUCUUUACUAGAAGUUCUGUGCGACUUUCCGUCCCUAAAAUUACCUUGGGAACAUAUCUUGGCGUACCUACCAAUUCUGAACCCUAGAUUGUUUUCAAUAUCAAGUGCGCCUUCCGAUCCCAAAAUAGAGCUUACCGUGGCCAUUGUCAAAUAUAAGACAAUCCUGAGAAAAGUGAGACGAGGCGUUUGUACCGAUUACUUACAAGCUCUUCAAGAAGGUGAUACACUGAAAUACAAAGUUCAGAAAAAUCAUCUGCUGAAAUCCCAGAUGCAGCAAUUUCCAGUCAUAUUGGCAAGCCCGGGAGUAGGUUUAGCGCCUAUGAUGUCAUUAAUCAAAUCCAAUUUUUUCAAAGAGGUUCACCUCUUCUUCGGGAACCGAAUUAAAAGUAAAGAUUUUCUGUAUCAGGAGCAGCUCGAAAACUGGAACAGCACGGGGAAGAUAAAGCUACACACAUGCUUCUCGCGCGAUACGUUAAACUCUCCUUCUGCAAAAUAUGUGCAGGACGUUAUGUGGGAGGAAGGGCGAAGUUUGGCGGAUCUCAUCUUGAACAGAAAGGCUUUAAUUUACAUCUGCGGCUCUUCCGGGAAAAUGCCAGUUCAGGUGCGGUUAACAAUCUUGGAGAUUCUCAAAAAGUGGGGUGGUAUGUCUGACUCGGAUGAGGCCGAGGGCUACCUCAGGACCAUGGAGAGAGAAAGGAGGUAUCUACAAGAGACAUGGUAA